GGGAAACUAAACCGAAUCAAAUUGAUUAUGUUAUGUUAGCCAUUUCAAACCGAGGAGGAGAGAAAUUGAAUAAUCUACUUAAAAAAGGCGGAAGAGCUGCGGAACAGCGGAAGCAGCAAAGAAAGAGAGAGACGGACGGACAGAAAGACAGAGCAGCAACACAAGUCACAAGGUGAAGGAGACAAAUUUCUGCGCUCUCAUCUUUGCGUAGUGGAGUUCAUCUUGGGUCAGCUUCAACUCGUUCCGUGCUGAAACGCCUCUGUGCCCAAUUCCGACUCCCCACCCACUGAACCAAAAGAUCACCAAGUUUUAUCGAUUUGCUGCUCAAAAGAGGACAAGGGUCUCUUUUGAUUAGCACCUUGAAAUUUCCCUGAUUUCUUUCUUCUUACUCAUUGGCUUCUGCUGAGUUCUACUGGGUUGGCCGGAGAUUUUGACCAAUCGAAGUUUUGUUGUCCACCAGCUACUUCUUCUGGAGCUUGAGAUGUUCAACUAUUGAAUUUUAAUGGGCACAAGGUCUCUCUCCAUAGAUACUCCAGAUUCUCUUUAUGAGAGAGAUCUGGUAGAAGGAGCAGGUAAAGUUAGCCGAGGUGGAGGGAGCUUCAAAAACCAUGACUCCAGUUUGGUUGUAGAGCAGAGGUCAAGUCCAUUGAGAAGAGAAGCAGUCAACAGGUCAGCAUUUGCAAUGAAGACACAUGAAAAUGGAGAAAUUGAUUUGGAAGAUGGAAAGUUGGAAAAGCCUAUAGAUAAACUUAUGCGCAGUAACAAAGUAAUUGUGCAUAAUCAGGCCUUAUUAGCUGGCCUAGCAUAUUGUAUUUCUUCGUGCAGCAUGAUACUGGUCAACAAAUUUGUGCUUUCCAGCUACAACUUCAAUGCUGGUAUAUCUUUGAUGUUGUACCAGAACUUGAUUUCAGUAAUUAUCGUAACAUCAUUGAGCCUCCUGGGGGUAAUCUCAACAGAACCACUAACAUGGAGAUUGAUCAAAGUCUGGUUGCCUGUUAAUGUCAUAUUUGUUGGAAUGCUCAUCACAAGCAUGUUUAGUUUGAAGUAUAUCAAUGUUGCCAUGGUCACAGUUUUGAAGAACGUGACUAAUGUUAUCACUGCAGUUGGCGAGAUGUAUCUAUUCCAGAAGCACCAUGAUAAUAGAGUGUGGGUGGCUUUAUUCUUAAUGAUUGUUUCAGCCAUUUCCGGAGGACUCACCGAUCUCUCUUUUCAUGCUGUUGGCUACACAUGGCAAAUCAUUAACUGUUUUUUGACUGCAUCAUAUUCGCUCACUCUACGUCGGGUGAUGGACACAGCAAAGCAAGUUACUAGAUCUGGGAACCUAAACGAGUUCUCAAUGGUCAUGCUCAACAACACUCUUUCUCUUCCUUUGGGCCUUGUUCUCAUAUUUGUAUUCAAUGAGGUGGACUACCUCACAACAACGCCCCUUUUGAGAUUACCAGUCUUCUGGCUAGUAAUGACGUUGAGCGGGUUCUUGGGCCUCGCUAUCAGCUUCACGUCUAUGUGGUUUCUUCACCAGACAGGGGCUACCACAUACAGCCUAGUUGGAUCAUUGAAUAAGAUUCCUUUAUCUCUUGCUGGCAUCCUGUUGUUCAAAGUACCUACAAGCUUGGAGAACUCUGCCAGCAUCCUCUUCGGUUUGUUGGCUGGAGUAUUUUUCGCCAGAGCUAAAAUGCGUGAGAGACCAUAAUUUGGUGACUGAAUCUGAUGGCAAAACUGCUGAUGCAUACAGCAUUAGGUAUCUCCCUCCUUAGCUCAUGGAAGUGCAUGAAACCCUGCUAACUUCGAGAACCACUGGUCCAAAUAGAUUUUGUACACUUAUUUACCAAGCCGCCAUCUGGGUCAGCUGCUACUACGCCUUAAUACUUCUGCAAUGGAAUGCGAGGUCUGCAUUCCCUCUUUACUGCCAUCCAUUUUGCUUAUGAAAAUUGAUGUAUGUAUCUGUGUGUUUUUUGUUGGGCAAGACGCCCAUUGUAUCAGCUCUUUCUUCAACUGGCCACUGGGUGCUUCUAGGAUAUGAUGAUUAGGUCCGAGAAAUGGCCAUUUGCAUUGUAACUUAUAUGAACCGAACCCUUGCUCAAGGGAACUAAAAACGAAUGAACAGCAAGAGGAUCACGAUAACCUCUGUUGAUCUCCUCAGUCACGAUAACAAAUAUACAAUACAAUGAUAAAGUAUCUAUACAUUAGCGGAAGUACAGGUACUAUAAAAUUUUGGCAGAUCGAACAAAACUUGUUUAGCUUUAGGACGCAGCAGAGUUUUCGGUUACAGGUGAAGAUUCUGGCUGGACCUCUGAUUGAGCCUCUACCUGGGGAGCUUCUGAUGCAGCGGACUCUGUUUCUGUCACGGCAGAUUCUGUCUGCACGGGUUGCGCAACAGACUCCGGUUCAGCCGGUGCUGCAGCUUGGACGACCUCCGGUGGCUUGAACUUGUUGAUGUAGUAGGUCAAAGAUGGGCCGUUGUAUGCAGCCGUCUGCACCUGAGGCGGCGGUGCGUUCUUGUUGACUUGAAGCAGAAUCGACGAAGCAGCUGCGAUGGCAAUCAGGGCAAGGCCGCCGGAGAUUGCAGCUGUGUUUUCAGCUCCGCUGGAUGAAGAACCAGCAGCGCCUGAACUUAUAGCACUCUCGGCUACAUAAACCGUCGGCUCGACGGAGUAGAUAUUGGUCUGCCCGGCGGUAUCUUUCUCGACGUAGCCGGUGUACGGACGGCCACGAGUGCGAGGUGGGAACGUUCCCACCACUUUGGUUUUCUCCUCGGCUACCCAAUCCAUGCUUAUCUUUCCGACCUGAUUAAUCCCAAACCCACAGACCACAACCAGUAAUCGCAUCGGGCACUAACAUUUCGGGUCACAGACAUAAUAACAAACACCUUACACGCAGGCACCAAAGGGGAGGAGCACAAAAAAGUUGUAGAAUUUUUAAGAAAAUAAGCGAGAAAUUUUCGAUUUUUGGUAGAGCCCAACUCUCACCUCCUUCUCAGGAGCACAUUCCUCGGUGUUGCAAUCGGAAUCGACCUCGGACGAAGAAGCUCUGACGGUGAAAAGCUUCAAACUUGGCCGCCUGCCGCUCUGGAAACUAGGCCAUCUCCUGUUUGAAGCUGUGAAUGAGCAGGCGUUGGCUGAUGAUAUGAUUGCCUGCGAAGAAGAAGCGCAUGCUAAAGCCAUGACCUUUCUCCCCUCUCUCGCUCUCUAUCUGCUUCCUAGAAUUUACCUCCAGACAGAGAGCAGUUGGUUCGAAAGCCGGAUUGCCUGAAAUGGAGGAGGAAAUCGAACCCAAUUGAGCAAAUAAGGCUGAUGAGAAUCUGAAGUAAAUUUUCAGAGAAUCGUGUUCGAUUGGAAUUGAGACGACGGGAGAGAGUGAGAGAGGCAAAGGUUCUUGCCAGUUUUCGGAUUGAAGUAGGAAUUUUGUGUGGUGGAAUGGAAACGGAGCAGGCUUACGUGUCACGUCCUAAGGAGUUGUAAGUUGGAACCAUGGAUACGUCUUGGGCCUUAGGACUAGGUGGAUACCCCAGUAUCGUAACCCAAAUUCUUUGUGAGUUGGAGUUUGGACCUUUCCCUUUCUCCAUCUGGUCUCUUUCUUUCUUCCUGCUCUAA